AGGCAAUUGACAACUGCAGCUUCAAGACUGCAUUACAACAAUGUAACAAAUUACUUAAAAAACAACCGGAUGCACUCAUAUUAAAGGCAUACAUUUUAUUAUUUUCGUAUGAAGCGUUGAAAGGUUUGGUUUUAGAAAGAAUGGGAAAAUCUGAUGAAGCAUUACAAUUAUGCGAUCAAGUGAGAGACAAAAGUCCAAUCGAUGAACCAAUUUUACAGGCACUUACCAUGGUUUAUAGAUCAUUAGGCAAACAUGAUGAGAUCGUUAAAAUAUAUGAUAAUGCUACGCGUAAGAACCCCAAUAAUGAAGAACUUAGUAAUCAUUGGUUCAUGGCAAUGGUUAGAAAUAGUGAUUUUAAGGGACAACAGCAAGUUGCUUUAAAGCUACAUAAGAAUUUCAAGUUAAAUAAAUAUUUGUUUUGGGCAAUCAUGAGUCUGGUAUUACAGGCUGAGAAUGCACCGGCUAGUCAAUCAAGAAUUUUUUUAGAAUUAGCCGAGCGCAUGAUGGACAAAGCUGUGAAAGAAGGGAAAUUAGAGCAAACAGAAGAGGUUCACCUUUAUUUAAUUGUAUUGUUGGCCCAAAAUAAAUUUAAAGCGGCUUUAGAUGUCUUAGAAGGUGAUCUGGGCAAAAAAUGCAAAGAAGACGUUGAAAUUAAUUGCAUUCGGAAUGAUUUGUUCCUUAAAACAAGCAAUUGGAUUAAAGCAAUUGAGAUGAACAAAAAGUCGUUAACAGAAUCGAAUCCAGAUGACUGGAACAGUUAUUUCACGUAUUUAGAAUCCUACUUACAUCUACUUUCUGAGCCUAACAAGAGUGAGAAUGGUAGCAGUUCAGCUCCUGCCAACUUGGAUGAAGUUCGUGAAUUUUUGUGUUCGUUGCAAAAAAUUGUGAUAGAAAGCUCUGAAAUCAAACGUGGUCCUUUCCUUGCUGAGCUUAAAUUGGAAAAGUACAUAGACGAAAAAUUAAAAGAUUGCAAACCGGCAAAAGAAAUCGAUACCCUUGUUGCCGAUUAUUUUCUCAGGUUUGGAUCCAAAGCAUGCUGCUUUGAAGAUUUGCAACUUUAUUUGAAAGAAAUUCAUAUAGAUUCGGCUAAAAAAAUAAUCGACAAAUUCAAAGCCACAAUUGACGGUUCGGAUGAUGAUAAGUCCAAGAUUCAAAACAUCAAAAAAAAUGUAAAUAUUCAUAAAUUUGAGAGAUAUCUGAAUUUACUUGUAGAAUAUAGUGAGGGCGAAUCCAUACAGUAUGUUAAUAAACUAUGGCAGUCAUACAAAGACUCGCUUCAAUAUGGAACCAAGUUGCUAGAAGCGGAGAAUCAAUAUGGGGACGACUUUGUCAUAUUGUGUUCACACGUUUUAAUCGAUUUAUAUAAAAAAGUUGGCAAAAACAGUUAUAUAUUUCAAGCAAUUUUUCUUUUAGAAGCUGCAAUGAAAAAAAGCAAUUAUAAUUUCCAGUUUAAAUUACUUUUGAUAAGAUUGUAUCAAACAAUUGGUAUCUUCGAUAGGCCGUUAGAGCUAUAUAAAUCAAUGGAUAUUAAACAUGUUCAGCUGGAUACUAUGAGUCAUUACAUAGUUUCACGGUCUUUUUCAUCGGGAUUCUUUGAAGAAUCUACUCAAGCUUGUUAUGAUACACUGCCUAUUUAUCGUAGUAAUGAACUUGAGACACCUGAGAUGAUAGUACAAGCAUUCAAAUAUAUGACAUAUUCCAAAAUUCAAGAAUUCGUUGCACUUCGGAAAGAACUUGAAAAUUCAUUACAGAAGGCUCUCAUUUAUCGAGAAAUGAUACGACUAGAGAUUUCAAUUGCUUCAAAAACCAACAAACAAAUAAUAGAGUAUUUACAAGACUUGGAAGUUUCUGAUCUUUCAUACGAAGAUGGGUUUUGUACAAAUCUUCGAGAUAACAGAGACUUUAUAUCCAUGCCAAACUAUAAUCCUGAUAGCAAGCCAACGAUGGAAGAGAUUACUAGAGUGUCACCAAAACUUGAUAAACCAUGGCUUAAGAUGUUCUCAAUUAUUCCACGUAUUUUGAAAUGCAUACAUGUUGAACAGAAUACCAAUAAUAUUAAUCUGCUAGUUGAAGAAUUGGAAAAAGUAUUAACUCAGGAGACUAAUGAUAAACAUAAUAUAAUGGAACAGGAAAUGCAACUUGGAAAUGUAAUUGCAAAACUUGGUCGUCUUGUCAUGGCCGUAAAGGAAAUUCAGAAUGGGCAAAAAGAAUUUGCCCAGAAUUUCGAGUUGAUCGCUGAAGAGCUUAGUAAUGCAAUAAAAGCUUCGGAACCCAUUGACAAUUCUCAAAUAAAAUUAUAUGACAUCAAGUGGAUGCUGUUUCAUCAGCUAACGUCUUUUUUCGAAAUAUGCAAUUAUACUCUAAUCGGUUUGGGGAUUUUAAAUGAAACACUAAGUGUCAAAAAUAAGAAAUCCGGUCUAAGAGCGUUGGCUCAAAAACUUCAAAAUAUGUCCUUGACAAUAAAGAACCACCUUUUAUAUUUAAAAAAACAAUUAAGUUGCUUGAAAGAGCUUUUUAAAAAUGACAUUGAAGAUAGCGAUCAAAUUUUGCUUUACAUUAAAUCUGAACCACAUGUUGAGUUUUGCGAUGAGGAGGAAAACAUAUCGUUUAUUAGAGAAAUUUUAGGUAAGAUGAAAACAAAUUGGCAAAACAACAUUCUGAAUAUGAUUAAAGAAAUAGAGAGUAAAGUUGAAUCAACCGAAAAAUAG